GACAAUGCCUACUUCCAAAAACACAUUCACACACACAGAUUCAGUCUCAAGAAAAUGGGGCGUUAUCCUAGCUUAUUUGCAACUGCUAUGCUCGUGCUGAUGCUUUUCAUGGCCACAGGGACAGGUCCAAUGAUGGUGGCAGAGGCAAGGAUAUGCGAGUCCCUAAGCCAUAGGUUCAAAGGGCCGUGUGUGAGAAGGGGCAAUUGCGCCGCCGUGUGCCAGACGGAGGGCUUUCCUGGUGGCCUCUGCAGGGGCUUCCGCCGCCGCUGUUUCUGCACCAAACACUGUUAAAAUUGAUCGCAGUGUCCGAGAUUGAGUUAUAUAAGAAUUAAACGUGUGCUUUUGGAGUUAACUCUUUUCUCUUUGUGUAUGUUUGCGUGUCUUAAAAUAAGAGUGUCCCCACCCUCUCCCUUAUGAAGCAGUGUCGUUUUGUUUCUCGUCCUUUGGUGGACGUUGUUCAAUCUAUGGCUACGAGUAAUUAUGCUGUCA